AUGCAGCGGCCGCGCCUCGACACCGCCAUGCGCGACAGCUGGCGCACCUUGCAGCGCGACUACCAGCACCUGCGCCGCGCCGCCAGCCCCGACUCCCUCUCCGACCUCGACCUCCAGCUGUCCCCCUCCCCGCCCGACUCGGACAGGUGUCCGCACACCUGCUCCUCGUCCUCCUCCAGCGGCCACAUGGAGACCAUCCACGAGGAGACGACCGAACCUAAAGUGUCUGUGAAAGAGAUUCUCGCGCGCUUCGAGAACCUGACGGACAACAUCGACUGCACACAGAUACAACCCAAGCCGACCACCAAUGGCGUCAGCAAGGAGCGACCGCCCGAGAGGGACUCGCGGCCGGCCGACAGAGAGCCGCGCGAGCUCAAGGAGGUUAGGGAGGUGCGCGACAGUCGCGAAGAGGAGUACGAGAGGCGCGCCAGCCCGCCUCGCGAGAGCAGCCGGGAGCAGCCGCACGACGGCAGACACCCGCUGCUGCAGUUCGCGGUCGACCACUUCCGGCAGAGUCCCGAACUGGAAGUGCUGAAGGCGGACUCGUCGCUGAAGAGCAAAGCGAAGCGCAACGAGUGGACGUGGAAGGCGCAGACGGACGUGGUGAAGUGGCAGGCGGGCCCGCUGCGCGCGCCUCUGCUGCGCCUGCCCGCCGCGCUGCACGCGCCCGCGCUCGAGUGCUUCACGUGCGUGCGCGCCUACUGCGGGGACCUGCCGCCCGCCGAGCGCGCCGCGCACGCCGACCUCACCGAGGUCAAGUGUGUCUACACCGUGCUCAUGCAUUGUCACUCCGUAUUGGAACUGCGUGAUGAAGUUUAUUGUCAGCUGAUGAAGCAGACCACCUCCAACCGCUCUUCCACACCGGACUCUUGCCAGCGAGCCUGGAGACUCAUGUCUAUACUGGCGGCCUACUUCACUUGCUCAGACACACUCAGACCGUUCCUGGUGGAGUACCUGUCAGCAGCGGCGGCAGACCGCCGGCGACCGUGCCAGGGGACGGCAGCCGUCUGUCUCGCCAAUUUCCGCAAGACCAUCCGCUGCGGAGGACGGAAGAACGUGCCCAGUAUCGAGGAGGUGACGGCGGUGUCCGCGGGACGCUCUGCGCGGCGUCAGCUGUACCGGCUGCCGGGCGGCGCCGAGCGCGUCGUGAACACGCGCUGUGCCACCGUCGUGCAGGACAUCGUCGACGAGCUCUGCGACCUGAUCGGCGUUCGCAGCUCUGCGGAGCGCGCGGAGUUCUCCCUGUACUGCAUCGUGGCGGGCGACGCGCUUACCAUGCCGCUGGCGGCCGACGAGUACGUGCUGGAUGUGAGCACGGAACUGCAGCGCGCGCACCACCCCUUCUACCUCAUCUUCUGUCGCUCCGUGUGGCACCACCCGCUGCGCCCCGACGCCGCGCCGCUCUACACCGAGGUGCUCUUCAACCAGGUGGCUCCAGACUAUCUGGAAGGUCUCCUGCUGGUGCUCCCAGGAGGUGGAGCGCCCGCAGCCCCAGUGCUACGAGACGCGGCGACCGUAGCGGCGCUACUGCACCGCGCCGCUGGUCUGCCCGAACCGCCCCACCCUCGUGACUUAAAGUUCUUGCUUCCAAAACCGCUGCUGGCACUGCGUGAACCCAGACCAAACAAAUGGGCGUCGUGGGUCGCAGCCGAGUGGCCUAAUGCCAGAACGUUGUCUCCACAAGCUGCCAAGUCCAAGGUUCUACAGGUGCUGUCCCGGUGGCCGCUGUUCGGGUCGUCGUUCUUCGCGGUGCGGCGCGUGUCGGAGGCGGGAGCGGGCGCGGGCGCGGGCGCGGGUGAGUGGCGCGAGUACGUGCUGGCUCUCAACCGGCGGGGCGUGCAUCUGCUGCACCCGCACACGCACGAGACGGACACGCACUGGCCGCACGCAGACCUCAUAUCCACCAGGAAGGUGCGUUCUGAAGAUGGAACCCUGUUCCUGGACGUGAAGUGCGGGUCCCUGCUGCAGCAGCGCGUCAGCCGGCUGCAGGCGGAGCAGGCGCACGAGAUCGCUCGCCUCAUCCGACAGUACAUCGCGCUGCAGAGGGAGCGGCGCCACGACGCGCCCGAGUUCAACAGUCAGUAGGCGAGAGUUGAACCACAGAGCGAGUCACCGUCACUCGUCCAACAGAUCUGAACGACUCGUACAGAGUCAAUCUGACGGCUAUUUAUAUUUUGUUGUAUCCUCAUAUUAUGUAUUCCAUAUUCAUUUUAGUCAUACUUUAAGAUAAUUUAUAUGUAUUGUACUGUUAUAGUGUAACCAAAAAUAUAUAAUUGUAUAUAAUACGUACAUUCCACUAGUAAUCUAUUAUCUAUUUUGUUUUGAGUAAAUCAUGUCACAACAACAUUUUCAAUAGUUUAAAAGUCGAUUAUAGAUAGAUAUAGAUAGGUGAGUUGAUGGAUACACGAAUGAAGUUUAAUUAAAACAAAGUUCACAAGUCCGGUAGAUUCAUUUCUACGAAUAAUGUAAACCAACUUACUUCUUAAUCGAAAUUUUUUUACACACUUUUUAUUAGCUUCACCUGUAUGUAUGUUUUAUUUGUAACCGACUCAUUUGGGCGCGAUUAUGACCCACUAAAAUUGCCAGAUUUCGAUCAAAUUUAGUAGAUUUAUUGAGGACCGAUGACGAUACAUUAAUUUGGUAAAAUUAUUCUAUUUUUCAAUUUGCAUAAUAUUUUUCUUAUAAAUUGAUAUAAUUUUUUUUCAUCUAUCGUCAAUAAAGCAGGAUUUUAUGUUAAUUUUAAAUUUCAAAGCGUGUUCUUUAGUUUUUUCAAACUAUUUGUAUUUUUCACUUAAUACGAUAAAUCGCUUGAGUCUUAAUGAUCGUACAUAUAGCUUGAAUUUACCUAAAAUAUUUUUGUUUCGAUCACAUCAAGUGUUUCGUUUUGAAGUUACGAUAAUCAUUCAAAUAUUUCAUAGGGCUUGAAAUGCCCGCGUGACGUCAUAACAUCGCCGCUAUGAUACUGUAGUGACGUUCCAUUAAGGUCGCCGACCACUACGAUUUAAAAACGUGUAUUUGUAAACCAAUGUAACUCAAUAUUUGAUGUUGUUCUUCAUUAUGACCUUUUUUUGGAAUAUUAGUAUCGAGUAAACAAACAAUUGUUUUUAAUUUCUUUUUUAUUUUAUAUUUCAUCUUUUAAAACAACCACAAACGGUUAAUGUAAAUUAUUUGUUAAGUGGAGCGUCACGAGCUACGUAAUAACUUUGCAACUAACAUAACUUAAGGAGGAGAGGGGGCGUCAACUGUUGUACUUUAUAUGAGUUAAGUAGAACGUAAGAAGUACAGUGCGCAAUAUCUUACUAUCUACAUAAAUAAAACCAUCCAGUACAUACUGGACGGUUUUCUGAAUUAAUUUAUGAAUUAACCACUGGACGCGUUACGAGGGCCAUUUUGAGUCUAAUAGCCUCAGAAAGCAACAUGGCGUUUUCAGUAUGACGCGAAAUCUCGAAGUAAACCCCAAAAAUGAAGAAAUACGCUGUUUUUUUUUGUAAAAAUAAAAGCGAAUAGUCAAAAAAAUGUGUCUUUACUUGUAAAUACAAUUUCAAUAGUAGCUAUUUUUACGUAAAAUAAAUAAAUGAAAUUGUAUUAUGUAACCAAAAUAUAAUACGUCAUUUUGAAAAGUACUCAGCAUCAUUAAUGCUGCGUGAGUGAUUUGAUUGGAUUAUAAUAUCUAUCAUUCAUUCAUUCAUUCAUAUGUCACUGUUAAUAUACUUGUCAAUUAAUGACAGUGAGCUUGAAACACUGCUGUGUUUAUUUGACAAUUCUCCUCCCUUAACUGGAGAAUGGUCAAUCAUGAUUCCAUACAUUCUUCUUGGUUUUUGUGUCCAGUGCUUGAUUCAUCCCAGGUUCUAAUGUUGAGUGUUUCUAUAAUAUAUACAAUUUUGUUUGACCAAAUAAGAUUUUUUUAACAUUCUCUCAACACAUUCUCUUAAUACACACGAGUUAAAUUAAUACAUAGUUCAGAAUAUUAUAGAUAAAUAUCUUCUCUUACUCAAAGUCCGUCUAUCAAUUUGAAUUAUGUUCUUUUCGAACACCUUACUUUUUAAAUUUUUCUACAAUAUAUUUUCUUACCAAUUUUUUAUUAUUUAAAUUUUUAUUUAUCUAUCUAUCUAUCUAUAUAAAAGAGAAUGUAUAUUUGUAUAUUCCCUAAUAACUCCUAAACUAUUCCACCGAUCUCAAUGAAAUCUUUUGUAAUAGAUUCGUUGAAGCUCAAGGAAGGUUUACAUAUAUAAUUUAUAUGGCAAAACAACGUUUACCAGGUCAGCUAGUGUUUAAUAAUAAUAUUAUGCCUUUAUAACAAUUUAAAAAUGUUUACAGUGUAUUGCGUACUGUGCUCAUAGUAUAUCAUAGUAAUGUCCGAAGUAUGUAUUUAGGAUAAAUAUUAACAAUGAAUUGAUGUUAUAAUUGACAUAUAAAUGAUAUAUAAUGACCGCUGAGUCAGAGUCACGUGUUAUCAUAAUAGAGCUGAUGUACAUUUAUAAAAUAUACACGAUAAUAUAUUGUAGAUAAUAAAGAAUAUGAUUUUAAA